AUGAGUUAUCAAGACAUGUAUCACGACGCCGCACGAUCCCCUGGCUCUCAGCGGCAUCAGCAACCCCUACACCGUCAGCCUUCUCGUCAGUUUGACGCCUACGGUCCCAUGCCUGUCAACCCCUACGACGAGCAGAUGGCCCGUUACGAGUCCGCUCGCCUCGAGCGUCUCAACCCGUCCCUGCAGAACAACUACGGCUACGAUAUUUCCGGCUCCCAGACCUGGAACCCCAACGGUUUUGCCAACGCACAAUCCCUGGGAGGCAUUCGAUCGGCUUCGGCCAGCCUGAAACCAAAUGCCCGUGGACGUUCCGGCCUGCCCACUGUAUGUCUCGCGUUUUUCGACACCGAAGAAUUCCCCCAUUACCCCCAGGAAACAACUAACCCUCCCAAGACGUGGCUCGACCAGCAGCCGAACAUGCCCCAAGCAUUUUCGAACCUUGGACCCGGUCCCAUUCAGAGCAGCGCGAUGCGACCGGAAGCCUCAGCCUCGUCCGCUGACGACGACGAAUUGAUCCCAACCGCGAUCGUCAUCAAGAACAUCCCCUUUGCCGUGAAAAAAGAGCAACUGGUGCAACUGAUGACCGAACUUAACCUCCCCCUCCCCUACGCGUUCAACUAUCACUUCGAUAACGGCGUUUUCCGUGGACUGGCAUUCGCCAACUUCACGUCGGCAGAGGAAACGGCCACUGUGAUUGAGGUGCUCAACCACUUUGAAUUGCAGGGUCGGAAAUUGCGAGUCGAGUAUAAGAAGAUGCUCCCUCUUCAGGAACGGGAGCGGAUUGAGCGCGAGAAGCGUGAACGACGUGGCCAACUGGAAGAACAGCACCGGCCUAUGGGUGGUCCUCAGCUUCACACUCAGAGCUCCAUGUCCUCGCUCGCCUCGCACAUCCCGGCCACUUCUCCCUCGCCCGUGUCGCAACGCGGCCAGAAACUUGAUGUGGACUUGAACGACACCCAGACCCUUCAGUAUUAUUCCCAACUACUCCUUUUCAAGGAAGAUACCGUCCGCGAUUCCGUGAUUUUCCCUCACAACUUGACCCCUUCCCAGCGUCGCACGGUGCACACUCUGGCCCACAACAUGGGCUUGGGCCACGCUUCUCGUGGCAGCGGUGAACAGCGCCAGGUUCAGGUCUUCAAGGUUGCCGCGGGCGCCAAUGUGAGCCCGCCGCUGUCUUCCAUCCCACCUUCCGGCCAGUCGAGCGAUAGUGCUCGUCGUGGUCUGAACCGCGCGGCCACCAUUGACUUCAGCGAGGCACGCAACGAGGCCCGCAAUGAAGGCGGACCUGGUGCUUUCAAUACCCUGCGUGGACAGAACUCUGGAUUCUUGGGUGUGCUAGACUCCCCUGGUAACUUUGCCAACGGCCAGAACUUGCGCGCUGCCAAGUCGUUCGCUGACCUGCGAUCCUACACUCCUUCGCCCGUGCCUUCCUCUGCCAGCUUCCCCGCCGCUCUGCAGUCGAACGGUGCCCGUCUUCAAUACGAGGGCGCACCCACCGGUACCUCCAACACUCCCACUCUCACUCCCGCACAGUCUGGUUCUUCUCUUGGCAUGCAGCGUGAUGACAACCUGCUGGUCAACAGCCUGGGUGGCCUUUCUCUUGGCACCGGUAUCGGUGGGCCCAACUCGAGUCCCCGUCGCCUGCGCGGCAUGUUCUCCUGGGAGCAGGAUAGCCAACACUCCAACGCGGGUGCUAUUGGCAGCAACCGCGGCAUGGGCGUCGGUUACGAUGGCCAGCAGGAGCGCAUGCCUAUCCGUCAGCCCCGUGGCCCUACCCCCGACAAAGGCACUGGCUUUCGCCGCCAAAACGGACACCAGGCUCGCGGGAGUGAUGAGCUCCGCACCAACUCCGGUGUAGAGAUCAUCGUGGAGUAA